ACUAAAUUUUAUCUUUCGUGAAGAACUAUUUUAUAAUAAUAAAUACUUAAAACCCAUGCAUAUACCAAACAAUUUCUAAAUAUCCUUAACAAAAUUCGUAAUUUCAAUUUCAUAUCCCUCCAAAACAACCUCUCAUUUGUUUUAACUUCUUUUAUUUGAAAAUUGAAUCGUCACUUGUAGUCGCACCUCUUCGCAUCUCCCAAAAAUCCCUCCCUUUUUUAUUUGCAAAAAAUCUUGAACAAUUUUCACAACAACUUGUACCUUUUUCUUCCUAUCUCUCCCUCCUGCGCAGCCAAGAAAAAAAAAAAAGGAUUCAAUUUUUGCGUCACCCAUUAAUUGUUAAUGCAGUAUUAUACUUAAGUCUCUUGCAAAGUUUUCAAGAUUUGCCUGCUAUAACUAAGGUAAAUAUCACAUGCGGCACCGUGAAUUUAGCUAGGAUUUGGGUACUUCUACGCAGUUGCCAAAUGUCACAUUUUGUUGGUUUCUUUGGGCAGCUUAAGAAGAUGAUGUUGCUUUUUGUUGUUCAAGUUAGAAGUUUGAUUUGCUGAUAAAAGAAGGUUUAAUUUGAGUAAUUUUACAUUGAAUGUGAGAGUUUGUGAGAAAGUUCAGAAUAGAAAAGACAGACUGCUGUUGAAGACUUUUGGUAUUUUUGGGUUUACUAGAUUACAAGAUUUCAGGAAGGAUUGUGUUUAAGAUAGUUGAAAAAAUCGUAUAUAUAUAUAUAUAUACUGGAGGCAUUUGUCCGGUUGAUUCAUUGUUGGAAGCAGUUUUAGGUUCAAAUAGUAUAGUAAGGGUUUUCAAGGCUUUCUCUUAGAGAUAUUGUGAACCAAGGGCAGAAGUGCUUUGCAAAUGGGGCACUAUGCAGCAGUCUGGGAUCAUACAGCAGCAACUGAAGUAACAAAAGAUUGGAAUGGGAUUGAACAGGUUGUGCUUCGGAACCUUCAGGGUGCCUCUGCACGGGUUAGCUUGCAAGGAGGACAAGUUACUUCUUGGCGGAAUGACCGAGGGGAAGAGCUCCUAUUCAAUAGCAGUAAGAGCAUCUUCAAGUCUCCAAAAGCUACACGAGGAGGAAUCUCUGCUUGCUUUCCACAGGUACCUUUGAAUUAUGGAAAUGGUGGUUCACUUGAGCAACUUGGAUUCACAAGAAACAGAAUCUGGACCAUUGAGGAUGACCCUCCAUCUUUAUACUCAUAUGACCCACAAGGAAAAUCCUUCAUUGACUUGCUGCUCAAACCUUCAGAAGAUGAUCUGAAGUUCUGGCCCCACGGUUUUGAGUUCCGCCUCCGGGUUACGCUGGCAUCAGAUGGAAGCUUGUCCUUGAUAUCUCGUAUCAGAAACAUUAAUGGCAAACAAUUCAGCUUCUCAUUUGCUUAUCAUACAUACUUCUCUGUUUCCGACAUAAGUGAAAUAAGGAUUGAAGGUUUAGAAACACUGGACUAUCUGGACAACCUGUGUCAGAAAGAACGCUUUACAGAACAAGGAGAUGCCAUAACUUUUGAAUCUGAGAUGGACCGUGUCUACCUUAGUUCUCCAAAUCGCAUCGCUGUUCUUGAUCAUGAAAGGAAACGAACAUAUCUGAUAAGGAAGGAAGGAUUGCCAGAUACUGUGGUGUGGAAUCCAUGGGAGAAGAAAGCCAAAGCAAUGGCAGAUUUUGGCGACGAUGAGUAUAAGCAAAUGCUUUGUGUUGAUGGAGCAGCAAUAGAGAAACCCAUCACAUUGAAGCCAGGAGAGGAAUGGACCGGUCGUGUUGAGCUUGUGGCUGUACCAUCGAGUUUUUGUGAUCUUUGAUCCUUCUAAGUCUCAGGAGAAACAUUUUAGUAACGCUCAGCAGCUUACAGCUUAAUGAGGAACUUUAAACUCUAUACUAGGUUUAUUUGCUUGUUAAUGAUGAUGUUAUGAGGUGUUUAUACAUUAGAGCCACCAAAGCCUAUCGUUUUUUUAGAAUGGCUGCUUGGUGUUUUGUUUUUUGAUGAGUAAAGUUGUUUGCAUUGCAUUAGUAUUUCCAGGAUUGUGCAACUGGUUCUGUGUUGAUGAGUGAAUUUCAUUUUGGUGAAGAGAGGAUUAAACUA